CGCUCGGAGAGAGGGAGGCGGGCUCGUGGCCGCAGUGCACUGUGGGAAAGGUAGUUCCGAACUCCCGGCGACGCCGCAGCCAGAGCGGAGACGAGAACUACAAAUCCCAGGGGAGGAGGCGAGGCUUCCGGCGGAGGCCGCGCGGUUGUGGGAGGGAGAUGGAAGAUGGCGUCGCGGGUGAGUGGAAUCGGCGGUAGUGGCGGCGGCGGCGAAGAAAACCGUCUGGUGUCGCUGCCGUUGUCUCGCAUCCGGGUGAUCAUGAAGAGCUCGCCUGAGGUCUCCAGCAUCAACCCGGACGCCAUUUUCCUCACGGCGAAGGCCACGGUAGGGCCCCGGCAGGGACGCUUCUGAGGGGAAUGCGAAGGCCGCGAGGGAGACGCCGGCGGGAGACUGCGCUUGAGGCAGCUCCGACGGUGGCAGCGGCUCUCCUGUGGAGACCAAGCUCCUGGGAAGGUGGGGUGUUUUUUCUAAACAAGAGACAUACAUAUGUAUGUGUACAGUGGUACCUCGGGUUACAGACGCUUCAGGUUACAUACGCUUCAGGUUACAGAUUCCGUUAACCCAGAAAUAGUGCUUCAGGUUAAGAACGUUGCUUCAGGAUGAGAACAGAAAUCGUGCUUCAGGGCGCAGCGACAGCAGGAGGCCCUAUUAGCUAAAGUGGUGCUUCAGGUUAAGAACAGUUUCAGGUUAAGAACGGACCUCCGGAACGAAUUGAGUUCUUAACCCGAGGUACCACUGUAUUCUGUUCAGUCCUACCUCGCAAGGUUGUUGUGAGGAAAGAUGGGGACCCAGGGGAGUUUUCACGUCUCCCGCCUUGAGCUUGACUCAUUAACUUACUCUCUUUCUAUGCAAAGUGGCUCCAGAGCAACAAUGACAUACAGUAAUAGAGCAUCACAACUACAACAUGAACAUAAAUCAGCAGUAGAUCAAGCGCAUUCUAUAAAAUGCUAGUAACAAAACAACUUUUUUUAAAAAAGAAAGAAAAGCUAAACAGCACAGUUACAGCAAAUGUCAACUUUGGAACUCCCUGCCUAGGGAAACCAAACUCACUAGCUCCUUGCUGCCCUUCUGCCAGCAGCUGAAGGCAUUCUUGUUCCAACAGGCUUUUGGGAACUGACUGCAUUUGGUGCCUUGCUGGGGGUGUUUUUUGUAAUGAUUUUUAGGGUUUUAAGAAAUCUAUGUAUGUAUGUAUGUUUUAAUUGUCAAUGAUUGUUGCUUUUCUGUGUUUAUAGCUGUUACUUUUAUCUGUAAGGCAGGGGAAAAGGCAGGGUAUAGCUAAAUAUGUCUUAUUUAUUUGGCAAUCACUCAUAGCCGAGUAAGAUUGUCUUCCAUAAGCACGGUUUUUUGUUUUGUGUCUCUUAAUUAAAUUUUAUUAGUAUUUUCCACACAACAACAACACGAAAAAUAUAAAAAAAAAUAACAACACACAAAAACCAACAUUUGAAAACUAAAAAAACAACAACUAAAAAACACACAAAUCCAUAUCUUACAAGUUAAUAAUAUAUAUUAUAUAAUAUAAACACGGUUUUAACAAUGAGUCUGUAAGUGACUGUGGAGGCCAAUUCUGGAUGCACACGUCCUUCCAGUGGGGACAUUGGUUUCCAGGCGGGAGUUGAUCACGGUGAGGGUUUGCCAAGCGUGCCUUCCUCCUAGCACGUUUCUCCCUUGCGUCCUGAGUUCAAGUGUCUUCAAAGCCCAUGACACCUUUGGUAAAGGCUGUUCUCCAACUGGAGCACUCACAGGCCAGUGUUUCCCAGUUGUCAGGGUUUAUACUGUACUACAUUUUUUUAGAUUUGUUUUGAGACAGUCUUUAAGCCUCUUUUGUUGACCACCAGCAUUACACUUUCCAUUUAUAAGUUUGGAAUAGAGUAGUUGCUUUGGAAGACGAGUAGCAGGAGGGACAACAGUGGUGAUAAAAAGUGUAGCUUAGAUUCCCAGCCCAUGAUCAGCCUACUAUGGGACAUAUUUUGUAUUGCAUUGCAAAUACCUAUUGAUUGACGAAAUCAAUUGUGUGCCACUUUUCCUCCAAGGAACUAUGGGGGGGCAUGCACAGUUUUUCUCCUCCCAAUUUUCUCCUCGCAACAACCCUGGGAGAUAAGUUAAUCUGAGAGUGACUGACUGCCCCAGGGUCACUGAGUGAGCUUUAUGACUGGGGAGAGGUUUGAAUGCUGGUCCCCCAGCACUCUAACCACUGCACCACGAUACCUCCUCUUGUUAUAGUACCCUCUGUGGUUCCAAGAGGGUGUUUGAUGUAAUUACAAUAAAAUAGCGUACGCCAAAUAAUAUAUACCUGACUCAUUGGUAUACUAUAUUCUUAUCCUUAGGAGCUGUUUGUCCAGUAUUUAGCCGUGCAUUCCUACAAGCACGGCCAGGGAAAGAACAAAACAUCAUUAACCUACAGUGACUUGUCCCAUACAGCAGAGAACUAUGAUACAUUUCAGUUCCUUGCAGGUAGGUCUUUACUCUUAUCGGUCAUGUAAUUGUUGCAGAUUUUUGAGUCCCCAAUGGCGAAGUUGGUUCUGUUAAGACUACAAACCACCUUAAAAAGUCUCCUGGAACUGUUUUCCACUGAUACAAAGGAGGUGGCAAAGAAGGUCGUCUUUGCCAUCGCCAUCACCACUUGGUAGGCUCGAUGUUAAGCUCUAACUCAUGUUUGGUCCAAUUUGGAAUGGGUUUUUUGCCACUGGUGCUCUAGCCAUCUCAGCAAUUGUUUCAUCGCUGAAUGAGAGAAACAUGAGAGUUAUGGAUGAUGGGCAGAGAGAAUGACUAGGAUAGAUUUCCUGUUCAAAUCCAUUCUAGUUUCUAAGUCUUCACAAGUCACCUCCUUAAGUUUACCAAAUGCUCUUGGACAACCAUAGCAGUGGGGGGGAUUUUUUUUGAAGAUUUUUGUAGAUGUAAAAGUCUGUGUUGGGUAUGUGGUUCCAUUGUGAACCUUACAUUGGGCCACACCUCUCCUUAGUUAUUUUCUAGCACCUGUAAGAAUGCUUCUGUAAUCAUUUAAUGAAGGUGCCCUUCUUCCAGAUAUCCUGCCAAAGAAGAUCUUGGCUAGCAAAUAUCUAAAAAUGCUUGAGAGAGAAAAAGAGGGUGGAGAAGAAGAAGAGGAGGAGGAGGAGGCAGAAGAGGAAGAAGAUGAAGAAAGUGAAGAGGAAGAAGCAUCUUGAGGGUGACAAAUGACUAGACUUACAGCACAUCCCUGUUACACAUUAACUUGUGUUGAAGUAAAGUCCUGUUAUCUCUGCAUUGGUUGAAAAUGGAACAACUGGAUUGCCAGUUUGUUUUACAAUAUAUACAAGAGCCAUAAGUGUGGGACUGAACUUGUGAAGAGAUUUUUAUUUUUAUUUUAAAAUACAGCUCUUUGUUAAAAGCUUACUAACUACGUAUCAAACAUUCUUAUCUUGUGGAUACUGUAUUUCCAAUACAGAGGUUUCUUCCUCUGCCCACAUUGGGCAGCUCAGCAGUGACAAUGGACCUUCUAAUAGGGAACAAUUCAUUUAACAGCUUCAUAGAAACCAAACAUAAUGCACAAUGUCCAGCCUAGUUGGGAACAAAUGGGGAAACACUUUUCAUGUUUUUGUUUUUAAUUACUACUUGUAGUGAUGUUAUGCAUUUUGUUAAGGGGGUGGAAUCUGCUCUGCCUCAUGUUAAUAUGUAUAUUUUGAAAGGAUGUUAAAUAUAGAAGUAGCAUUUCCACAGCAGGGACUCUUUCCCAUUUUGAGUAAGAGAUGUACUUUAUUCUUUAAACAGUGGCAACAUUUGUAGAAUACUUGUUCUAAUGAAUGUUUUAUAAAAAUGAAUUCAGAAGA